AUGGGUUGUGGUGGCAGUGUCGCGGCUCCAGGGUCUGGUGAAGCCAGUCUCGGUGACCGUUGGGCAGUGCGAGUACGGGAUGACAAAGGACACGAGAUGCCGUCCGUGCAGUAUCGUGAAGCUCGGCUUAGCUUCAGCUCGAUGGUGGACAUAGUGGACAUACCGCAGCAUCCACUACCUCCGGGAAAGUCGUUGAUGGUCAAGCACGAGGAAAAGCUGAAUUCUUGGCUGCAGCGAGUGCGCGUUGAGCCGCAGUUGCUGGAAGAUCCGGUCGUGAACUUCAGAGUAGGCCUUCUCCAGCCACCUUUGCCAUCACCUUCGAGGAAGAUAAGAGCCUAUAAGUGA